CUUACCUUUUAUUCAACCACCUCCUUCGCUACUCUCAAUUCACUCUCUCUCUCUAUCUCUGCAUCUGAAAAUGGAGGGUUUAAUCAAGGGUCUCAUAGAUGUUGCAAUCGGUCACGACGACGACAAGAACAACGAACAAUCGGCUUCCCAGUCUCGUGACGAACGAUCCAGAUCCACUUGGGCUCAGGUAGUCACUGGGGAGGAGGAUGCGGAUCGAGAUGGGGGAGAUCGGGGACAUGAUCGGAGACAUGGGAAUGAUUGGAAUCGGAGGGACAAUGAGAAAGAGGGUCGUUCGCGGCGUGAGGAGUGGGAGGUUCAGGGUUCGAGGAUUUCUGGUCAACAACAGCAGGGUGAAUAUGGUAGCGAGCAUGGUUACAACAGAGAUCAGUGGGCUAAAAAGGAGAGCUCUGAGGAGAACAAUGAUGGGUGGGAGACUGUCCACAAAAAGGCACCUAGGAAACAUCACAAGGUGCAGGUAGAAAAUUGGGAAGGAUACAAACGGCCUGCCAGUGAACAAAACUAUUCUGAUGAGGUGGAAGUAGGUGCUGAGCUAGAACCCUCUGAGGACGAGCUUGCUGAUUUUGCCCGGGCCUGUAACAAGCUAUGGGAACUUGAUUUAAAUCGUUUGGUACCUGGACAAGAUUAUGAAAUUGAUUGCGGUGAAGGAAAAAGGGUCCACGGAAGGGAAGAUAUGGCACAAGCAAGCCUCUUUAGUUGGGUUAGUGAAGACGUAUUUAGGAAGCCAACAUUUUCACGUUUUUGCUCUCUACUUGAUAACUACAAUCCCGAUCAAGGGAGCAAAGAAGUUGUGACACCUGAGGAGAAGCAAGAGCAGGCUGCAUUCAUAGAAGAAAUUAGUAGAACUGCACCAAUUAAGUACCUUCAUAAGUACCUUUCAUACAAGGGAGUUACAUCCAAUGACUAUCAAGAUUUCAAACGUAUGCUGACCAGUCUGUGGUUCGAUCUUUAUGGUCGGGGUGGAACAUCUCAUUCCUCUUCUGCCUUUGAACAUGUUUUUGUUGGAGAAAUCAAGCAACAAGGUGGACAAGAGGUUUCUGGUUUCCACAACUGGCUUCAGUUUUACCUUGAAGAAGCUAAAGGGAGUGUUGACUAUCAAGGUUAUAUUUUCCCCAGACGACGUGGCCAGUUUCCUGAUUCAGAAACUCAAUUGCUUACCAUUCAGUUUGAAUGGAAUGGUGUUCUCAAAUCUGUCUCAAGCACUUUAGUAGGAGUUAGCCCUGAGUUUGAACUUGCACUGUAUACACUAUGCUUCUUCCUUGGCGGAGAGGAUAACCAUGUUGAGCUCGGACCAUAUCCUGUUAAUAUCAAGUGCUAUCGGUUAGGAAACAAAAUCGGGUCUGUGUUUCCUGUAGCUGAGUCUUGAAGUUCCUUCACUGGGAUUAAUCCAGUUAUUUCGUCUAAAUUCAGCCGUAUACAUCUAAGUAAGGAUUGUAUCAUAGAUUUUGAGAUAGUGAUAUCUUUAGAAGGUGACCAAAUACUUUGUGAUGGAAUAACAUGAUUCUCAGGAUGUACUCAUUAGUUCCUAGAGGAUACUUGAACUUUUGUAUUAUCACAUGGAUUUGCAAGGGGUGCCUUCAUAUCUUCCUUAUUUUGUAAAUGCUUUGUAACGAUACUGAGUCAAGCAACUGAUGUUUGCUUUCAUUUCUUCCCAAAACUGAAUGCAUGUGAAACAUUAUCCAAAUGGAGUUGAUUCUCACUUUUCCUUCUA